GGCGACGACGACGACGGCACCGAUGCCGACUCCGCACUCGGCGAAGAUGCCGCGAGCUCCACCAACUCCAUCACGGCGAGCAUCAUGGAGUACCGCACCAUCCAAGGCCGGACGUACCACAGCGAGAAGCACAACUCCAAGUACUUCACGCCCAACGACGAGCAGCAGCUGCAGUCCGUCGACAUCACUCACCAUUACCUUACCGUGCUGUGCGAGGAUAAGCUGUUCCUGGCACCUAUCCCGGAUGACGUCCAGAAAGUCCUAGACAUCGGGACUGGAUCCGGAAUUUGGGCCAUCGACUUCGCGGACCAGUACCCGAACGCGGAGGUGAUCGGGACGGACCUGUCGCCGACGCAGCCGCUGUGGGUGCCGCCGAACGUCAAGUUCGAGCUGGACGACUGCACGCAGCCGUGGACGUGGGCGGAGGACAGCUUCGACUUCGUGCACAUGCGGUACCUGUUCGGGGCGGUGACGGACUGGGACGAGCUGCUGCGGCAGGCGUACCGCGUCACCACCCCGGGCGGCUGGGUGCAGUCGUGCGAGGCCGAGGUCGAGAUCCUCAGCGACGACGGCACCGUCCUGCCCGACAGCGCCUACAACCAGUUCUGGAACAUGCUCUACCGCGAGGCCACCGCCAAGGUCGGCGUGCCCUUCCAGGUCCUCUCCGACGACCUCCAGCGCCGCGCCUUCGAGGAGGCCGGCUUCGAGGACAUCACCAUCCGCGACUACAAGUUCCCCGUCGGCGGCUGGCCCCAGGACCGCCGCCUCGCCGAGGUCGGCCAGUACGUGCAGCUGACCAUGCUCAACGACGUCGAAGGCUACACGCUCUUCCUGUGGAGCCAGGUGAUGGGCGAGAACGCGCCGGGCUACCAGGAGUACCUGGCGGUGAUGCGGCGCGAGCUGCGCAACCGCAAGAUCCACGGGUACAUGCGCACGCGGUAUGUCUACGGGCGGAAGCCCAAGGCCGCGUAGGUAAGUCGCCCGGCCCUCCCCCCACACCCACCCGCACGCGCAGACGUGUACGGAUUCGCGGGUGAGCGAGGGAGGGACGAACGAAGCCGAGGUGGACAAGGAGGAGGAGGAGGAGGCGAGGAAAUUUUUUCAUGCGUAUAUGAGCGAGCGAGCGAGCGAGCAAACGCAACGGAUGCGCGGAC